GAGAAGGAGAAUGGGGUACAUCCGGUUGUGUAUUGUGGGAGUGGCUACAGGGCACAGGCUUGUGAGGUUACUCUGCAGCUAGGUACAAAUACCGGCUAAAGAUCCUGAAGAUGGAGCUCAGGCCAUUAGCGAUGUGCGUCGCGCUGUGUGUCGUCUGCGCCACCAGCAAGCCCAUGGAGAAGAAAGACCGCGUCCAUCACGACCCGCUGCUGAGUGACAAGGACCACGACGACGCAGAGGGCUACGACUACGACCACGACGCCUUCCUGGGUCAGGAGGAGGCCAAGACCUUCGAUCAGCUCACCCCCGAGGAGAGCAAGGAGCGGCUGGGGAAGAUUGUGGAUAAAAUAGAUGAAGACAAAGAUGGAUUUGUAACGACAGAAGAAAUGAAGAAGUGGAUCAAGUUUGCACAGAAGCGCUGGAUUUACUACGAUGUGGACCAGCAGUGGAGGGCUCAUGACCUUAAUGAGGACGGACUGGUCACGUGGGAGGAGUACAAGAACGCUACAUACGGCUACGUCUUGGAUGACCCGGAAUCUGAGGACAACUACAACAACUACAAGCAGAUGAUGGCCAGAGAUGAGAGGCGCUUCAAAAUGGCCGACAAAGACGGGGACCUCAUCGCAAACAAGGAGGAGUUCACUGCCUUUCUGCACCCAGAGGAGUAUGACUACAUGAAAGACAUUGUAGUGGUGGAAACAAUGGAGGACAUUGACAAAAAUGGAGAUGGCUUCAUCGACUUGGAAGAAUACAUUGGGGACAUGUACAAUCUGGAGAGUGACCCUGACGAGCCGGACUGGGUCCGGUCGGAGCGUGAGCAGUUCAUCGAGUUCCGAGACAAGGACAAAGACGGAAAGAUGAACAAGGAUGAGACCAGGGACUGGAUCCUGCCCUCGGAUUACGACCAUGCUGAAGCAGAGGCCAAACACCUGGUGUAUGAGUCAGACGCAGACAAGGAUGGCCAACUCACUAAAGAAGAAAUAAUUGACAAAUACGACCUGUUUGUCGGAAGCCAAGCAACAGAUUUUGGAGAGGCCUUAGUACGGCAUGAUGAAUUUUAAACCAUUGUAGAUAGGAACAAUUUUUAAUUUUGAUUAGUUAAACCAUUAUUUAUUUUUUAUUAUUUACUCUACCAUCAGGACUGCUAUGUAAUGACUAUUUUUUUGUGUGUUUGUUUUUGUGGUAAAGUUUUAUUUUAGUUUUUUGUUGUUUUAUAAAAUUAGUUUCUGCAAUGUAUUUUUGUUUUUCUUGUUCAGUCUGAUUUUGAACAACAUGUUUUUGGCAUGCGCUCGGCUGAAAGACACAGCCUAUGCAUAUAAACUUUUUGACGAACAAUCAGGUGCAUUGGCUACCAUGGAGACUUCCUGAAUUCAGAGACUGAUACAUUAAACUCCGAUGAUACAGGAGGGGACUCAGAGAUUCAGAACUCAGACUGAGAUGAGUGCUUCACUGAUGGAGUCUCUUUUCUGUCGUGUGAAAGGAUUCCUGGAAGUUUGUUAAUUGAUUCACAGUUGAUUGAUUGCUUUUUAAUGUUGAGUUUUGGAAGUUGAUGUUUCAGUGGGACAAUGAACAGCUUCCAUCAUCAGCACAUUCUUCUGUGCCUUUUACUGUUUUUAUGUUUAGUAUUUUAGUGUGUUUAGUAUUUAAAUGUAUAGGAACAAAUAAAGAGCAAACGAGUUUCCGUUCUGGAGUAUGUGUAACACUCCAUUUAAGCUGGUUAGAGGAGCAGUAGGCAUUGAUCUGUCCCUCUGUACAGGGCGGCCUGUAGCGUAGUGGUUAAGGUACAUGACUGGGACACGCAAGGUCGGUGGUUCUAACCCCACAAUAAGAUCCGCACAGCUGUUGGGUCCUUGAGCAAGGCCCUUAACCCUGCAUUGGUCCAGGGGAGGAUUGUCUCCUGCUUAGUCUAAUCGACUGUAUGUCGCUCUGGAUAAGAGCGUCUGCCAAAAUGCCAUUAAUGUAAUAUCAAGUUCAGGGUUGCACAGGUUUUUGUGGGUGGUUUUUCUCUCAUCCCAUCCCCUAAACACCAUAUUACCACUAUUUAUUUUUUGAAGUUUUUUUUUUUUUUAAACAAUAUUCAGACCUUUACCUGUAGUCUCACUUGUCAAUAGUUACUCACUGUAUAUACAUUGAAAUGCAAUGUAAAAAUGUUACUUUAUGGUUUAUAUGCAGAAUACCUUAACACUAAAAAUUUGAAUCUUGUUCUGCAGUAUCUGAGCAGCCAGUUUCUCAAUAAAUUAUAUAAAUGUG